UGCAUAGAGGGACUGCGCAUGCUCAGUGGUAAAACCAGGGAAUGUGUACUGUAGCUAGCCUGAGGAGUUAUCGGCCUUACUAACCUCGGCCUUCGGGUGCGUGGUGUGGGCAAGGAGCCUUUUUUUCUACCCAAUAUUCAAUUCUAGUUGAAAAUGUCCGUGUUCUCGGAGUCUGCUUUGGAGAAGAAACUAUCAGAACUGAGCAAUUCCCAGCAGAGCGUACAGACUCUUUCACUUUGGCUCAUUCACCACAGAAAACACUCCAAAACCAUCGUCAGAGUCUGGUAUAACGAGCUGAAGAAAGCCCAGGUGCCUCGCAAGCUGACCUUACUCUAUCUUGCGAAUGAUGUCAUUCAGAACAGCAAGAGGAAAGGACCAGAGUUCACACAAGAUUUUGCCCCAGUCAUUGUUGAUGCUUUUAAGCAUGUCUCUAGUCAAGGAGAUGAGGGCUGUAAAAAACAGUUGGGCAGAGUUCUCUCCAUCUGGCAGGAAAGAGCUGUCUAUGAGAAUGAGGUGCUGGGCAAACUUUCUGAAGUUCUGCUGGUAGAAAAGAAAGCCAAGAAGAGGCCUUAUGAAGAGAUCAAGGUGAAUGAUGAAGGUUUCGCCUCCCGUAGCUCCCCUGGGGAACCUCCACAGACUGCAGAUCUAAUAAGAGCGCUACAGGAGCUUGAGAACGCUGCCUCAAGUGAUGCCACUCUUCGUCAGCGGAUUUCUGCUUUACCCCCUGAGGUGCAGGACACCUCUUUACUGCAUAAAGUCACAGAUAAAGAGUCGGGAGAGCGUCUUUCUCGGCUGGUGGAAGAGGCCUGCAUGCUUCUGGCAGAUUACAGUGGACGGCUGGCUGCAGAGAUUGAUGACCGACGACAGCUCACACGCACACUCGCUGUCUUUUUGCAGAGCCAGAAAGAUGGCCUGGCCCAGAACGAGCAGAAAUUAGAAGAAUACAAACGCAAACUGGCACGUGUGUCCCAGGUACGGAAGGAGCUACGGUCUCGUCUCAACAGUCUCCCAGACCUCUCCCGGCUUCCAAGUGUUACGAGCAGCCAUGUCCACCUGCCCUCCUCUGGCCAUCUUUACAACCCCUCAGAUUGUAUGUCUUCAGGUGAGAAGGGUGGAAAGCAUUGCCAUGACAACAGCCGUGCCCUGGAGGAUCGCGAGCGUGAAAAAAAACUGGCCAAGAAACGCCUUUACAUAGUUUCAGCAGUCUGUCUGGUCUUUAUGGUGGGAGAGAUUUUAGGUGGGUAUUUUGCUGGGAGUCUGGCAGUGAUGACAGAUGCUGCCCACCUGCUUGUGGACCUCACCAGCUUCCUCAUCAGUUUGUGCUCGCUGUGGCUGUCAUCCAGACCUGCUACACGCACUCUCAGUUAUGGCUGGCAUCGAGCAGAAAUCCUGGGUGCUCUGCUGUCUGUCUUUACCAUUUGGCUGGUGACUGGCGUGCUGGUCUAUGUGGCAGUGGAAAGGAUCAUAGAUGAUGACUUUACUAUCGAGGGCACUGUCAUGCUCAUCACCGCUGGCUGUGCUGUGUUGGCCAACAUUAUAAUGGCUCUCACUCUGCAUCAGUCAGGUCAUGGUCACAGUCACGGUGGUUUGAGCUCCCACAGUCACGACCAUGGUAAGGAAAAAGGCCACGGCCAUGCUAACGGUAAUCAUUGUGACGUAGAGGGGCAAGAUGGUAAAAAGCCACAGGCUAAUGCUAGUGUCAGAGCAGCAUUUGUCCAUGUGAUUGGAGAUCUUCUGCAGAGCAUCAGUGUGCUUGUCAGUGCUCUGAUCAUCUUUUUUAAGCCAGAAUAUAAGAUUGCUGAUCCCAUCUGCACCUUCCUGUUUUCUCUCUUUGUCCUGGGCACCACUUUCACCAUCAUGAGGGACAUUCUUAUUGUCUUAAUGGAAGGCACACCGGCAGCUGUGAAAUAUAAUGAAGUGAGGGAGAGGCUGCUCAAAGUAAAGGGAGUCAAAGCCAUACACAACCUUCACAUCUGGGCCUUGACUAUGAACCAGGCUGUGUUGUCUGCACACGUGGCUAUAGAUGACACCGUCGAGCCCCAGGUGGUAUUAAGAGAAAUCACCCAGACCUCCUUCGAUACCUACAGUUUCCAUUCGAUAACCAUUCAACUAGAGCAAGAAGCAGACCAAAGGCCUGAUUGUAGCCUCUGCCAGGGCCCUAAAAAAUGAAUCAUCCCGUAACAAUUCAUUUAUCAAUAGUCCCAAUCCAAAGAGGCAAAAGACCCUGAAAAGAUCUAUAAAAGAAUUCAAACCAUUGUCGGUGAAUAUACAGUAAUAGUGUUUGCUAUCACUAAUUUUGAUUGGAGAAUCUGUAAAUUGUUUCAGUUGUAAAACACUGGAAAGUUUGGCAGAUAUGAUAUGAUAUAGAUUUGGUAGAGAAUCCCAAAUGUAGCCUUUAAGAAAGGAAAGGUAUUUUAGACUUUAUUUUAUUAUUGUUCAUUUCUGUUGUAUCUUGUUUCAGCCUCAUGAAAUAGAAUUUUGUUCGGUUACUUUUGUUUCAAAAAUAGUAAUUUAACUGCACUGAGCCAUGUCCAAGUACAUAAUAGAGCGAGAUUAUAAAUGCAUUUGUUAUACUGUAUUUGAGUGCCAUUUUAUGUUUCUGCAUUUAGAUGUUGUUUGUCUCACUGUAUCAGUAAAGAAAACUAUGA